CUCGAUCUAAAUAGUUAAGUUGCCGUAAAGUUUUGCGAGAAAAUUCGAGAAGACUCCAUUGCUGAAAAUUGAAAGACGUGAAAGAGACGAUAUCGUAUCAAAAUCGACCAAUACCACCAGUAAACAUGGAUAUUCGACCAAACAACACAAUUUAUAUCAACAAUCUCAAUGAGAAGAUCAAGAAGGAAGAACUGAAGAAGUCUCUUUUUGCAAUAUUCUCACAGUUUGGUCAAAUCCUGGACAUAGUUGCAGCUAAGACGUUAAAGGCAAGAGGACAAGCAUUUGUUAUAUUCAAAGAAGUAACAAGUGCAACCAGUGCUCUCAGGUCUAUGCAGGGAUUCCCCUUUUAUGAUAAACCUAUGAGGAUAGCCUACUCAAAGAAGGACUCUGACAUAAUAGCCAAAAUGAAGGGAACGUUUGUAGAGAGACCCAAGAAGCAAAAGAAAGUGGAGGAAGAGAGUGGCAAGAGGAAGAAACAGAAGGCCAAGAGGGAGGCUGCAGCUGCUGCUUCUAAUGCUGCUCCCAAACAGUUCACCCCACAGAUGCCUGCACAAGCAGCCGCCCCUGCUCCAAGUGCCCCACCUGCAGCUACUGGGCCAACUGCAAUGCCUGAACAGCCCCCUAACCAGAUUCUCUUCUUAACCAACCUUCCUGAAGAAACCAAUGAGAUGAUGCUGUCCAUGUUGUUCAACCAGUUCCCAGGGUUCAAAGAGGUGCGUCUGGUACCAGGUCGUCAUGACAUCGCCUUUGUCGAGUUUGAGAAUGAAAUGCAAGCAGCCGCUGCUAAGGAUGCUCUUCAAGGAUUCAAGAUCACUCCAUCUAAUGCUAUGAAGAUCUCAUUUGCAAAGAAAUAGAGUAUAGAUCGUGUAUUAUGAGAUGUUGUAAUGUGUAAUUCAGUGUUUAGUAGGUUAAAGACACACAACAGCAUUGCACAAGGCUAUCUAUAGAUUUUCUAUUUAUCACGAGUGAAUAUUUACACAUUUGAUAUUUUGGGAAUUUAAGCAUCAUGACUUAAGCUGAACUAUAUUGAUUAUGAGCUUAAAACAUUUCAACAAUUUCAACUAUGGUUUUAAUUCCAAAUAAAUACCCUAAUGGUCAGCAAGGCAUUGCACAUCGCCUGUUGGAUUUGUAUUGACAUAUCUAAUGGCUCCUUACCCAGCAUUGCACCAUGCUGGUAUCCUUGUUUUGUAGCAAACUACCAUUAACGCAUGGUUACUUCCACAAUUAUGGGACUUCUCUGAACUUUACUAGCUCUGUGUAUGGACUAUGACAACAAUGCUCCAUAUAAUGUAUACAUGUCUGAGGUGUGGAGAUUGAUAGUGCAUUGAAGAGUUUUCAGAAAUGGUUUGUAUCUGGUUAAGUAUGAAGCCUGAUAAGAAAGAUACUACACAUACACUAAGAGAUACUUGGGUUUCAGUCACAUGAUUUAAAUGCUAUUCACUUAUUUUUUGCAAUGUACUAUUUUUUGAUACUUCUGCAUUUUAGUAGAACUGCUAAAAAUAGCUUAGCAAAAUGUUCAAGGUUGGCACAAAAACGUGUUCUGGUUACGUGUCAUACACUGUCAUGGUAGUGCUAUUUAUUCAGUAGUUUUUGCAGAUAUGGUUUGUAUGAUGCAUUAAAAAUCAUAAACGGCAGAAUUGAUCAUGUUAUGGUAUUAAAGUUUGAAUCUAACAUGCUUCUAUCUGCUACUGCCAUCUAUUCCAUUAAUGUAAGAACAGAUACUGAUAUUAUCAGAUCCCACAGUGAACAACUGUAACACACCAAUAUGUGUGACAGGUGGGUUACAGUUAGUCAGUGAACAGAGGUAUAAUUUGUAUGAGUUGGUAAUGUAUGCCAUCUGAUAAGAAUAAUCUGACAUUGCACUUAGUCAG